AGAAAACAGUUGCUCGAAAAAAAAAAGCAGAAGAAAAGAGAUAAACGGAUAGGACAGGCGUGAACCGCGCGACCCCGCGUUUCCCGCCCGUUGCGCCGCAGGCCGCAGCAACCUCCGCCCGCCGGCGGCCGCCCGCCAUGGCCGCCACCACCGCCCACUACAUGCCCGUGGUGCCGCACCGCCUUGCCCCGAUGCGGCACAGCAGCAGCUGCUCGCCGUCGCUCCACCCGGCCUCCCGCCGCUCCGUCGCGGGGAGGCCGCCCGCCCAGCUCCAAGCGGCGCCGGCGAGGGGAGAGAGGGCGGCCGGGCUCACCGCGCGCGUCGCGUUCAACCCCUCCGGAGACUUCGACCUCUCCCUCUCCAUGGACCAAGACGAUGCCCCGCAAGUCCAACCUCCGCCGCCGCCUACAGAAGGGCGCUUUGAAAUCGUCCUCAACAAGGACAUCAUCCGGGCACUAGACCUGUCGCCUGUUCAAGAGGCACUCGGUGACUUGAGUUCCUUAACGGCAGCUGAGUCAAGAAACCUGCUGGACCGGACCGUUGGGUUCACCAUAAACUACGAGAGAGAGGAUGAGUACGACACGCGGGAGCUGUCAGAGUUCCCUGACAUACGGCUAUGGUUCGUGAGGCUUGAUGCGGCUUACCCUUGGUUCCCGGUUGUGCUUGACUGGAGAGCCGGCGAGCUCGCCAGAUAUGCUGCGAUGCUGGUCCCUCACCAGAUGAGCAUGCGGCUCGGCGUCGUCUUCAAUCCGGAGGCGCUGGAGCUGUUUGUGAUGAAGAAGGCUUUUGCUGUCGACGCGUGGCUUAAGCAGCAGGACCAUCCCAAGCCGAGGUUGAAGACGGCAGACAUGGCCAGGAUGCUCGGCUACGGUAUAGGAGAUGAGCUGUUCGACUUGAUCGAGAAGCACCCUGUUCAUCCUUCAUAAUUAAAUUUACAACAAUGAAAAUAGGGGCCCGACAUCUAUGAGAAAAGAAAGGAUCCAACAGGGAGUUAAAUGCAACCAUUUCAGCAUACAGCCAUACAGGAUAAUGAAGGCUGUUGUACAGAGAUCAACAUUUGUAUGUUUUGUUCGAGGAGCUUUUUGAUUCUGU